AUGACCAUCGUAGCCUGGAAACCAAUCGUCAUCGAAAGACGCACCGCCCAAUUCUCCUCCAUCCCUUCCUCCUGGCAUCUCCCCGAAUCCAUCCUCCUCGCCCCUCCCAAGAACGCUCUCGACACCAUCCGCUCCUGUGACCUUCUCACCCCGCAGGAGCUGGAAUGGACCGAAACCACCGAUGUCCGGACUCUGGUCUCCCUCCUGGCCACGCGCCAGGUGAGCAGCGUAGAACUGACGACGGCGUUCUGCAAACGGGCCGCCAUCGCGCAGCAGCUUACUCGCUGUUUGACCGAGGUUUUCUUUGAGAGAGCGCUGGCCAAAGCUAAGGAGUUGGAUGUGAGUCUGGAGAGAACGGGGAAGGUGAAGGGGCCGUUGCAUGGGUUACCUGUUUCUAUCAAGGAUCGGUUUGAUGUUGAGGGCUUUGAUACUACGGUUGGAUGGGUUGGUUUGGUAGGCAAACCAGCGCAGAAGUCGAGUUCUGUCGUCCAGUUGCUCGAAUCCAUGGGUGCUGUUCUCUAUGUGAAGACAAAUGUCCCGCAAUCUCUUAUGAUGUCCGACUCGUACAACCAUGUCUUUGGCCAAUCCGUCAACGCUUUCAACAACGAGCUCAUCUCUGGAGGCAGCUCUGGAGGUGAAGCAGCUUUAAUUGGGGCAAAGGGCAGUGUUCUUGGAAUAGGCACAUCCAUCGGAGGCUCAAUUGAGAUUCCAGCUAACUUACAGGGCCUCUACUCGAUCUGUCCUACCACGGGACGUGUGCCAUGGGAUUGCUCUUUUAUGCAUCAGCACUAUCUCGUCCCCCCAGUUGCGGGUCCUAUGUCCAAUAAUCUUUCAACGAUUGAAUACUUCAUGGAGUCUCUGCUCGAUUCGAGUCCGUGGGACAUUGACCCCGGAUGCGUACCCAUCCCAUGGAGGAAAGAACUGGCUGCUAUGCCAAGUAAGAAGCUGAAAUUGGGUAUUGUCUAUGACGAUGGAGUUGUCAAGCCUCAGCCCCCUGUUACUCGUGCAUUGCAUGACGCGGCGGCAAAGCUGAAAGCUGCCGGUCAUGAAGUGGUCGAGUGGGAUGCAACCCGUCAUGAACCAGGAACAAAUCUCUGGACAAAAGCUAUUCUUGCGGACGGAGGCCAGCAUUGCAAGGACCUGUGUAAUCUUGUUGGCGAACCUCUAAUUGAAGGCAUGGUUGUUGGAACGCCAGACGAUCAACUCUCAAUGCCAGAGCGGGAAAGUCUAGAAGAAGAAAAAUGGAGUUUCCAAGCCUCCUUCCUAGAACAGUGGAAAGAAAGCGGCAUCGAUGCUCUGCUCAUGCCAGUACUGCCUUGGGUAGGGUAUAGACCCAAAACCUGGGUCGUCAGUUCCCAGUGGUUGGGCUAUACAGCUCUCUGGAACUUUUUGAAUUAUGCCUCUGUGACGAUUCCAGUGACCAAGGCUGAUUUGAGUCUUGACCAACCUGGUGAAGAUUGGGUGAAUUAUGUUCCCAGAAAUGAGUCUGAUGCUUUUAAUCACGCUCAAUAUGAUAUUGAAUUAGUCAAAAAUAUGCCAGUCUGUCUGCAAUUUGUGGGAGGUCGUUUUGGAGAAGAGAAGGCUGUUGCAGCGGCCAAGGUUCUGGAUGAGCUCAUGCAGUCAUGA